GAACCCCCAUUAAAGGUACAGGAGGCGGCAAGACCGGCAGCGGCGGCCCCGGCCUCGGCAGCAGCGGCCCGGGCAGAAAUGGCGCAGCGGGGCCUGGCGGCCGAAUUCUGGCAGGUGCCGGCGGUGACGCGCGCUUACACGGCAGCCUGCGUGCUGACCACAGCGGCCGUGCAGCUGGAGCUCAUCACCCCCUUCCAGCUUUACUUCAACCCUGACCUCAUCUUCAGGAAGUUCCAGGUGUGGAGGCUCGUCACCAACUUCCUCUUCUUCGGGCCCCUGGGCUUCAGCUUCUUCUUCAACAUGCUCUUCCUCUACAGGUACUGCCGCAUGCUGGAGGAGGGGUCCUUCCGCGGCCGCACGGCCGACUUCGUCUUCAUGUUCCUCUUCGGCGGAGUCCUCAUGACACUCUUCGGGCUCCUGGCCAGCCUCUUCUUCCUGGGCCAGGCCUUCACCAUCAUGCUGGUGUACGUGUGGAGCCGCCGCAACCCCUACCUGCGCAUGAACUUUUUUGGCCUGCUCAACUUCCAGGCGCCCUUCCUGCCCUGGGUGCUCAUGGCCUUCUCCCUGCUCCUGGGCAACUCCAUCUUGGUGGAUCUGCUGGGGAUCGCUGUGGGUCACAUCUACUACUUCCUUGAAGAUGUCUUUCCCAACCAACCAGGGGGCAAGAAGCUCCUGCUCACCCCGGGCUUCCUGAAGCUGAUCUUCGACGCCCCUGAAGAGGACCCCAAUUACAGACCCCUUCCUGAGGAGCGGCCGGCCGGGGACCCUGGGGACCAGCAGUGACCACUUCCUCCUUCCAGUCUGGAAAAGAUGGGGCUGGGCCUCCCUCCGAGCAGCCCGGCCCCUCUCCUGGGAAAUGAGAGCGGUGGGAGGGGGCAGAGAUUAGAAUAAACACUUGGCAGCAUCCAUCCAAA